UGUAUGUUUCCUGGGAAAUGUCCGAAUGGAAAUGUUGUCCGUUCAUGUUUUUAUUGUUCGAAAACGGUAGUGGCAAACGUUCGAUUAGAUAAACGAAUGAAACGACAACGUAACAUUACAACAACCUCUGCUCACAACAUCUACGAUAUGCUUUUUCUUCUAAUGCCCAUCUUUAAAUAGCUCUUUUUUUGGUAUCAAAAUUGGAUCUUUUUUAUUUCUUUCGUUGCAGGUUUUGAAUUUUGCUUCCACCUUCUUCUUGUGAUGUUUUCGAUCCUUUCCAACCCCACUCGAUAAUGUCUACAGCUGAAGGUGGUAAAAGUAGUGCUGAAGAGAACAAUUUGCCAUUAAAAGAUGUUGAAACCGUAGACAAAGCUCUGCGCAUAGAGAAAAGCUCUUCCAAGAAUUCAAAAUAUUCGAAAUCCCAGUUAUUUGAUCCCAAAUCAAAGGUUAAAGAUAGCGAAGAAGAUAACUUACGUAAGGAUAAGAAGUUUGUAUGGAACUGGAAAUCACUGAAGGCCCUUUCCCUGUCUCGCAGUAAGAAGUUCAAUUGUAGUUUUUCUGUCAAAGUCCAUGUGAUUGAAGGGUUGCCUUCGAGUUUCAAUGAUUCUUGCCUUUGUGUGUAUUGGAAGAGGAAGGAUACGCUUUUGGUGACCCCUCCGGCCAAGGUGAUUCAAGGUGUGGCUGAGUUUCAAGACAUUUUGACACGCACUUGCUCAAUCAAUGGAAGUAGGAGUGGACCCCAAAACUCUGCCAAAUAUGAAGCCAAGCCUUUUAUGCUCUAUGCUUCUAAGGCGGGUUUCCCAGAAGUUGAUUUGGGGAAGCACAGAGUGGACCUCACAAGGUUGCUUCCUCUCACUCUGGAAGAGCUUGAAGAGGAGAAAAGGUCAGGGAUAUGGACUACAAGUUUUAGAUUAUCAGGAACAGCAAGGGGUGCAGUAAUUAAUGUCAGUUUUGGGUAUGUCAUUGUUGGUGACAAUACUAGUGCUACCAGAGACAACCUUUGUGAUAUUCCUAAUGUACUAACUACCAAGAAAAAUGGUAUGCCUUUGUUGGAACCAGAUAAAAAACCUAGUCAGGUUGAUGGGAGUAAAGAUUUGCCAAGCUUUUCCAGUGAUGAUUAUUCAUCUCAAAAUGUAGAUGAGGUGAAAGAUCUUCAUGAGGUGUUUCCAUCAUCAAAUUCAGCUCGAAUCAGCCCAGUAUACAUCUCAUGUAAAGAAUUUGUUGAAGAAAUGGGUGGUAGUCCUCUGCAUGGCAAACCUGAACUCGAGGGAAUUAAAGAAAACAUCGACCCGAUCAAACCAGUUGUUUGUUCUUCAUUUGAUAAUGAAAAGGACAAGGCAGAAGAGAAUCAAGGUGAUGAGGGAAAAACAUGCAGUCCAAUGCAUGACAAACCUGAAGUUUUUGUGUUUCAACAAAACCUGGACACAGUUACGCCAAAUGACUAUCCUUUACCUGAUUCUGCAAUAGAAAAUUUCAAAGAAUGUGAAGGUAAUGAAUUUUCUGUUCUUGACAAGGGCAUCGAAUUUUCAUCAGAUGAACAUGUUAAACUAGAGGAAUCUAUUGGAAAAGCUUUUAUCGAUGUCUACACAGUUGAUAGUACUCGGACCCUUGAUAAUACUGAUAUUCAAGUAUCUUUUCAAGACCAUGAUAACCAAGAUUCCCUUGAAGAACUAAACGAUAAUUUUAAGGAAAGUGCUGUGGUACGUGAAUUUUCUAACCGAAAGGAUGACUUGCCAACGAAAGAACAUCUACUGCAAGAACUAGAAUCAGCUUUAACUAGUGUCUCAGAGUUGGAGACAGCGGCAAUGGAUUCUCCUGUGGCCAUGGAAGCCAAAUCUGAGGAUAAGUUGAGAAAGUCAAAAAGCUGGGAUGAUGUUACAGAAUCAGUUGCCAGUGAGUUUUUAAGUAUGCUUGGCAUAGACAAUAGUCCAAGGGGUUUUAGUUUUGAAGGUGAGACAGAGUCUCCAAGAGAGCUCCUUUUAAGACAAUUUGAGAAUGAAGUUCGUUCAGAGGGCUUCUCUUUGUUUGAUUUUGACAUAGGCAGUGAUGAUGAAGCAGAUAGUGGUAAUGAUUCUUCUUAUGGAACUGAGCAUUGGAAGUUCUCCAAGGAUACCAAGUCAGCAUCCUUAAUGCAAGAUGUACACAAAGGGCAUCUAAUCGAGUUUGAGGAUGUGAGGAGCAAACAGAAGGUCCGUAUGCUAGAACACUUGGAAACAGAAGCCUUAAUGCGUAAAUGGGGUUUGAAUGAGAUGGCUUUUCAGAAUUCUCCUAAAAAAGAUCAUAAUGGCUUAGGAAGUCCAAUAUAUUUUCUUCCUGAAGAGACUCUACCAUUACCUCCUCUAGCAGAGGGGUUAGGUCCUUUUCUUCAGACCGAAGAUGGGGGCUUUCUACGGUCAAUGAAUCCCACACUCUUCAGGAAAAGUAGAACUGGAGGAACAUUAAUCAUGCAGGUUUCCAACCCAAUUGUGGUGCCCGCUGAAAUGGGUACUGGGAUAAUGGAGAUUUUGCAGUGUUUUGCUUCUGUGGGAAUUGAAAAACUUUCCAAGCAGGCAAACAAGUUAAUGCCUCUACAAGACAUCACGGGAAAGACAAUGCAACAAAUAUCAAGGGAAGCAAAGCCAGUCUUGGGGAGAACAUACAGGCAAUUAAAUUUGCAGCAUAAUUUGGUAACAGGACAGUAUUCUACUUGUGCGAAAAAAGGCUUGAAGGGAAUUCUAUCUGGUGGACAAAUGUCUAAUAAGUUCAGUUCAGAUUCAGCUGGAGACCACAAAAGCUCAGAUCUUGCUCUAUUAGCUAUGGAUAAAAUUGAAGCACUUUCAUUGGAGGGUUUGAGAAUACAAUCUGGGAUGUCAAAUGGGGAUGCACCAUCAAACAUCAUUGCAGAAUCCUAUGGCGAUAAUUCAGCUCUGCAAGGCAAGGGGGCUGGUACUAGGGGCUCCCUUGGGCUAGAUGGAACUGCUGCCAUGCAAUUGUUAGAUAUGAAAAACAGCAACAGUGAUGAAUAUGAUGGUGUUGACGGCAUAAUGGCCCUAUCAUUGACUCUAGAUGAAUGGAUGAGGUUGGAUUCUGGUGAGAUUGAUGAAGAUAUAGAUAACAUCAGUGAGCGUACUUACAAACUUCUUGCUGCGCAUCAUGCAAACUCUUUGACUAUAAGUGGGAAGAGUUCAAAGGGAGAGAGAAAAAGCGGGAGGAAAUAUGGUUUGUUGGGAAACAAAUUCAUAGUAGCUCUCAUGGAGCAGCUUCGUGAUCCUCUGAGAAAUUAUGAGCCUGUUGGGACACCAAUGCUUGGUCUUAUACAAGUGGAGAGAGUGUUCAUCCAACCAAAGCAAGAGAUUUAUAGGCCGUUGUGUGAGGCAGGGAAGGAAAGUGAUGAGUGUGAAAUAGUGGGGAAGGUGGAGAUGAAGGGGAAGAGAGAAGAGAAAAGUAGUGAAGAAGAGGGCAUUCCUCAAUUCAAAAUUACAGAAGUGCAUGUUGCAGGUGUGCAGAAAAGGAAGUUUUGGAGCAGUUUGGGACGACGGCGACAACAAGAACAAUCUGCUUCCUGGUGGUUGAUUGCUAAUGGAAUGGGGAAGAACUUAAAGAAUCCAGUGCUGAAGUCAAAUGCUCCAAUCACUACCACAAACGUGCAACCGGGUGACUCAUUGUGGAGCAUAUCAUCUCGUAUUUAUGGUACACUCACAAGAUGGAAUUGGUAAAACUAGGAAAUCCGAAUAUCAUUAUACCAAUUAAAACUAAAAUGCUUAAAGGGAAUGGGUAACAGAAUCAAUUAAGUGUACAUGUCUCACUCUCGACUCCUUUAACUAUAUUACUUAUCGUAAGUUUAUCAAAAAAUAAUUAAUUUCCA